AUGGACUUCCUCAACAAAGCCAAGCACGCAGCUGAACUCUACGCCGGUGGCGACACGAGCAAAAGCCACACGAAGAGCCACAAGGACAAAUCGGGCAGCGGCUCCGUGUUCACCAAGGCGGCCGACGCGGCCGAGAAGUAUCAUGCAAAGGAAAAGGUCGCGGAGUUUGCUCAGAAACGGGUGGCCAAGCGCGACAUGGCCAAGCAGCAGCCAGGCUACGUGGACAAGAAGGACAAGUCGGCGAUCGACAAGGCUGUGGAGGCGGCCGAGGACUUCCUGGCGAAGCAGCAGGGCCAGGCCAAGGGGCACCACUCGGGCGGGAAGAAGGACCAGCACAAGGAAGAGGGGACGACGACCUUGUAG